UGUUGUGUCAUUAUUAUUCAGUUCUAGAUUGUUUUAAAUUUCCCUUUUGAACCAAGGGUUAUUUAGUAAUAUGUCAGUUAGCUUCCACACACUCAGGGGUUUUAAGCGUCCUUUGUUAUUCUGGUCUCAUUGCUUCUGGUGGGAGAACAGCCUGUAUAAUAGUGAUCCUUUGGAUAAACGGUGUCCUCUGCGUGCACCAUGUUCCAGUGGGAGGACCUGGAGGAAGUGAGAACUGCGCUUUGAGAAGCUUAGGUGGUGGGUGAGGAUUAGGUUGGAGGGGAGACUAUGGAGAUGGGAAGAGCUGCAUCCCAGAAGGUCUCAGGGAGGCUAUGUCACAGAAGCUAACCCAACCAACUUUCUCUCCAGACAGUGACUCAGAGGCAGGUGGACAGAGAAUUCAAGGACUGAGGAGAACCCAGUUUGGGACCUAGACUGAAGUUGGUUCCAGACUGACCUCUAACAUCCCGGACCCAUACACAAGACCAUGGGACUCCAGCAUUUGAGCCUUGUGAAGCUGCUUUGCCUCCUAGGAACCGUCUCUACUCUGCCUCGGGCUGGGGCUCUUUUGUGCUAUGAAGCAACAGCCUCACUCUUCAGAGCAGUUACUCUCCAUAACUGGUACUGGCAUCUGAUGAGGAGUAUGGUGUGCCAGCUGAGAGAGGGCUGCGAGGAGACACUGCUGUUCAUUGAGACAGGGACCAAAAGGGGCGUUGUGGGUUUUAAAGGCUGCACCCCAGCCUUAUCUUAUCCCCCACAAAUCGCUUACCUCGUUUCACCACCUGGAGUGUCCAUUGCCUCCUAUAGCCGCGUCUGCCGGAGCUACCUCUGCAACAACCUGACCAACUUGGACCCUAUUGUGAAACUCAAGGCCAGCGCUCCUUUGUCUAUAGAGUUUUCUUCUCAUACUUGCCCCACCUGUGUGGGUAAGCACACUGAGGAUUGCUUGCCAAAUUUUGUCACCACUGAAUUUUGCCCCAUGGGAGCCUCUGUGUGCUACAGUUCCACCUUAAAAUUUCAGGCAGGGCAUCUCAAUACUACCUUCCUCCUUAUGGGCUGUGCUCGUGAGUAUCAAAGGCUUUUAGCAAAUUUUCGGACAAUAGGGAGCAUCCGAGCGACUGAGGUUCGUAACAUCUUGGAGAAGGCCCAGAUUGUGAGUGGGGAGCCCUCCAGUCGGGAUCCUGCAUGUGUCAUUCUCUUAGGCCUCCUGCUUACCUUCAGGGACUGACCGUCCAGCUGGACCAGACAAACAGCCUGGCCCCUUUGCAAUGAUCAAAUAAAGUCACAGAGUUGUCCUUUAUGCUUUGUUCUGUGGUCCAUGAGAUUUGUGGAGGCAUGGAAGGUGUGAGGAGGACCAGAGUGCCCAGGCAGGUGGGGCCCCAUAUUGGGCAGCAUGCAUGGCAAAGAUAUGAGGGCGGGGAGGGGGGUAGGAAGAGAGGAGGAAAAUAUCCAGUAAAGUGACAGCAUUCUAGGAGGAACUCAGACCUUCCUUUUCCCCUCCCACUUCCUCUGGGGACCUGAGCUCUAGCCUGGGUCCAUCCCCUGACUUAUGAGAUCCUGGCCAAAUCCCUUCCCUUUUCUGGGCCUCAGUUUUCUCCUCUUUAAAAUGAAGGGCCUUAGGAGUUAGCACUGAGCCUUAACAGGGUGAUGUGCAACUUUAAGCCUGGAAUUAUAUUUUCAAAGAUCGCCAAGUGUCUAUUGUGUUUGUGUCAGAUACUGUGCUAGUAUUUGAGCUCAUGUUUUACAUAGAGGUGCUCAUUUCAUCCUCACAAGGCUUCUUUGAGAUGGGUUAUUUCCCUUAUUUUACAAGGAAGAAACUGGGUCUAGAAGGUUCCCCUCAGAUCUCUGUCCCUGCUGAAGGAAUUUUACUGGGAAACUUGGAGACCUGAGCUGUUUUCCUCUGCUCGGUAGGUGUUUCUUUAUGUAUGUUGGCAAAUAAGGAUGAGAGAGAAACUAGGCAGGACGUGGCUAGUUUUCACCCUAAGUUCAAUUUCCUGACUUUGACCUAAGCCAUGGUAUUUUCAGUUGCAUCAUAUGCACAUGACAGCUGGUCAAUGAAUAAGGAAGACGGAAGAAGAAUUGAAGCUUUUGAAUUAUGGUAUUGGUAAAGAAUAUCGAACAUACUGUGGACUGCCAGAAAGACAAACAAGUCUGUCUUGGGAGAAAUACAGCCAGAGUGCUCCUUGGAAGUGAGGAUGAUGAGACUUCAUCUCCUGUACUUAAGACAUGUUAUCAGGAGGGACCAGCCUCUGAAGAAGAACAUCAUGCUUAGUAAGGUAGAGGGUCACUGAAAAAGAGGAAGACCCUUGAAGAGAUGCAUUGACAUAGUGGCUGCAACAAUGAGCUGAAACACAGCAACAAUUGUGAAGGUGGUGCAGGACUGGUUAGUUUUUUAAUUCUGUUGUACAUAGGGUCACUGUGAGUUGGAAGUGACUAGAUUGCACCUAACAACAAUAACACCAAUUAUGUAUCACUGGUGAGAGAGUAAAGAAUUCUCACUGAUCCACGUUCUCUCCAACUUUUCAGGCUUUAAUUUUAGUAAAUCUAGUGAGUGUAAAAUGAUUUUACAUUGUGGUCUGAAUUUGUAUUUCCCUGAUUACUAACGAGAUUGAGGUUGUGCUAUUUAUAUAUGUAUCAGCUAUGUUUUCUUUUGUAAAAUAUCUAUUCAUGUUUUCUGUAGCCUAUUUUUCUAUAGAAUUAUUUGUUUUUCAUAUUGAUAUGUAGGAGUUCCUUAU